AUGCGUCAGGGACCAAUUCCCAUCUCUAGUGAGACUGCUGUUGGCUCAGUUGUUCUUAAGGUGGAUGCACUGGAUCUAGAUUCUGGAGAGAAUGCUCGUAUAGGAUACAAACUGUCAUCUGAUUCUCAAGUGCCCUUCUCCGUAGACUUUGAAUCUGGAGAGGUGCCCGCGAAGCCUAAGCCCGUCGUUGGUUCAGAGCCAAGUAACAGUCAUACUCCGAAGUUCAACGAUUUUAAUGAUCCAAUCCGAAUUCGAGAGGAUGUGAGCAUAGGAACGGUACAUCCUCGUUACGCAUUUAAUCUCUCGAGUAUCAAAAUUUCCGACUUGACCUGGCUAUUGUACUGUAUUGUGUCCGGUAGACCGAGUGGACGCCAGAUGGCGAUUGCUGUGAUUUCCGCAACUGACAAAGAUGUUGGCUAUGGUGGAUUAUUGCGAUAUUCGAUAGUAGCAGGAGACCUGACUGAAUUGUUGACACCUGGGAUGAAAGUGCUAAAUCGUGAUGUGGAGAUUAUCGCUACUGAUGAAGGAUCACCAAGGAAAAGUGCAAAGAAGGUCAUGAAAAUCCUCAUAGAAGAUGUCAACAAUCAUGCGCCACAAUUUCAAGAGGUUUUGUUACUUUUUAGUUUCAAUGAAUUUGCCUGUUUUUCCUCUCGCAUUUAUAUGUUUGCACUUCUCUCAAUUCCGGUAACUUCCUCUUCUGCACUUUCCUCUAUCCUCAUCGGACGUCCGAGUAGUUGGUAUGUUGCCCGCUAUGUUGCCCUUAGUCUCCUUAUGCCUAAUUAG